AUGACUGAAAAUCUUCGUGUUACCGAACAAACUCAAUUUCCAUUGCGUCUCCGGCCGAAAUUCUCUCCCCAUUUUCUUCAACUUCUUCGCCGAUUUCUCCAUACAUAUCUGCUUUCUGCUUCCGAGCUUUUGCAUUAUUCUCGGACGCAUUGUUGCGAUACAGCCUUCCUUCCACUACUUACUCGGAACUUCUUUCGUUUUCGGUUCGUUCCAAUUUCAAUCACUGAUUUCAAGGAGUGGCUGAGAAUUUCUGGAAGUCUCUCUGGGAGUGGGAAUUCAGCUCAACAAUCUGCAUCGUCUAGUUCUAACACCGAUGGUACUUCUCAAUCUCAAUGCUCGAGGAGUAGAACUUCAAAGAGCAUUAGCGAUAUGGAUAAACCACACUUUGAAUUCUUGGAUCGGUCAUCUUCAUCAAGCUCAAGGAGGAGUUCUAGUAAUGGGUCUGGAAAGAAUGCUUACAGUAGUUUUAAUAGGAAUCAUCAUGAUAGGGACCGUGAGAAGGAGAAAGAACCGUCUAAUCUUGGGGACCCCUGGGGUCAUGACUUUUCUAGCCCUCUGGUAAACACGUUUACCGGUAGAGUCGAGAAGGAAACUUUGCGGCGUUCUCAUUCAAUGGUAUCUAGGAAGCCUGGUGAUUUAUAUCCUCAAAGACUCGCUGGUGACUUGAAAAGUGGAAGCUAUAAUCAUAAGCCUAACAGUAAUGGCUUUCAUUCAGGCAGUACCAUUACCGGUAUCACCGAUAAGGCUGGUUUUUACGAGGAUUUUCCAUCACUUGGAUCAGAAGAAAGGCAAGGAUGGCCAGAUGUAGGUAGAGUAUCAUCUCCUGGCUUGACCACAUCUGUUCAGAGCUUUCCUAUUGGAAAUUCAACUUUGAUUGGUCAGGAAGGAUGGACAUCAGCGCUGGCUGAGGUGCCAACUGUAGUCACAGGCAGUAUGACUGCUCCAUCAUUUGUUCAACAGAGUGUUGCUGCCAAUUCUGGUUUGGGGUCCCCAAAUGCAACAACUCCUCGCAAGAUGGCCGAGGCUUUAACACAGGCACCAACACGAUCUCGUGUUACUCAUCAGUCAACUGAGUUAUCUGUCACGACACAGAGGCUUGAGGAAUUGGCUAUUAAGCAGUCCAGGCAAUUAAUCCCAGUAACACCUUCGAUGCUCAAAGUUUCU